AUGUCCUCUUUAAUUUCCAAAAUACCUUCCAAGUCCCUCGCCCGGACGCUCCUCCGCCGGACCCUCUGCACCGCGACGGAGACACGUACCCAGAAGCUCGAGCGCAUCGCCGACGAACUCCUGGACUUGAACAAGUUCGAGCGCCACGAUUACGUCGUCCUGCUCCGCUACAAGAUGGGCUUCAAUCGCUACGGACCGGCGGCCACCGCGCCCGGUGCACAAUCUGCGUCGUCAGCCGGCGCAGGCUCGUCGGCCGCCCCCGCGGCUGCCAAGGAGAAAACGGCGUUCGACGUGAAACUGGAGAAAUUCGAGUCCUCGGCCAAGCUUAAGGUGAUCAAGGAGAUCAGGUCCUUCACGGAUUUGGGGCUGAAGGAGGCUAAGGAUCUGGUGGAGAAGACGCCGGCGGUGGUGAAGAAGGGGGUCACCAAGGAGGAGGCCGAGAAGAUCGUCGAGAAGCUAAAGGGAGUCGGGGCCACGGUUGUGUUAGAAUGA